CCGCCAUGUUGUUGUGGGGCUGAGGCGGCGCCGGCAGAGCCCGAGCCGCGGUGACAGGCUGCGCAACAGGUUCGCUGUCGGCGGCCUGGCGAGGAACCAGGCGGCGGCGGCGGCGGCCGAGUAAGGUCUCCCGGCCUCCUCCUGCGCCCGCGCUGCUGGUGCCGAGGAGCGCGGGGUCGCGCCGUGACGUGCGGGAGGCGCGGCGGGGGUGCCAGAUGGCUGAGAGCUAGCAAGGAAAAUUCAGGACCAUGAUGGCUCAGCUUCCCACAGCUAUGAAUGGAGGGCCAAACAUGUGGGCUAUUACCUCUGAAGAACGGACUAAGCAUGACAAGCAGUUUGAUAACCUCAAACCUUCAGGAGGGUAUAUAACAGGUGAUCAAGCACGCACCUUUUUCUUACAAUCAGGCCUGCCAGCUCCUGUUUUAGCUGAAAUAUGGGCUUUAUCAGACCUGAACAAGGACGGUAAGAUGGAUCAGCAAGAGUUCUCCAUAGCUAUGAAACUCAUCAAGCUAAAGCUUCAAGGCCAGCAGUUGCCCAUGGUUCUCCCUCCUGUUAUGAAGCAACCUCCCAUGUUCUCUCCCUUAAUUUCUGCUCGUUUUGGAAUGGGAAGCAUGCCCAAUCUGUCCAUUCCUCAGUCAUUGCCUCCAGUUGCACCUAUAACAACACCCUUGUCCUCGGUGACUUCAGGGACCACUCUUCCUCCUUUAAUGAUGCCUGCUCCCCUAGUGCCUUCUGGUAGCACAUCAUCAUUACCAAAUGGAACCGCCAGUCUCAUUCAGCCUUUAUCCAUUCCUUAUUCUUCUUCAACAUUGCCUCAUACGUCAUCUUAUAGUCUGAUGAUGGGAGGAUUUGGUGGUGCUAGUAUUCAGAAGGCCCAGUCUCUGAUUGAUUUAGGAUCUAGCAGUUCAACUUCCUCAACUGCUUCUCUCUCAGGGAACUCGCCCAAGACUGGAACCUCAGAGUGGGCAGUUCCUCAGCCUUCAAGAUUAAAAUAUCGGCAAAAAUUUAAUAGUCUUGACAAAAGCAUGAGUGGAUACCUCUCAGGUUUUCAAGCUAGAAAUGCUCUUCUUCAGUCAAAUCUUUCUCAAACUCAGCUAGCUACUAUUUGGACUCUGGCUGACAUUGAUGGUGAUGGACAGCUAAAAGCUGAAGAGUUCAUCCUGGCGAUGCACCUCACUGACAUGGCCAAAGCUGGACAGCCACUACCACUCACUUUACCUCCUGAGCUUGUACCUCCAUCGUUCAGAGGAGGAAAGCAACUUGAUUCCAUUAAUGGAACUCUGCCUUCGUAUCAGAAAAUUCAAGAAGAGGAACCUCAGAAAAAAUUACCAGUUACCUUUGAGGACAAGUGGAAAGCCAACUAUGAGCGAGGAAACAUGGAACUGGAAAAGCGACGCCAAGCCUUGAUGGAGCAGCAACAGAGGGAGGCAGAGCGUAAAGCCCAGAAAGAAAAGGAAGAGUGGGAACGGAAACAGAGAGAACUACAAGAACAAGAAUGGAAGAAACAACUUGAAUUAGAAAAGCGCCUGGAGAAACAGAGGGAACUGGAGAGACAACGGGAGGAAGAAAGGAGAAAAGAAAUAGAAAGACGAGAGGCAGCAAAACAAGAACUUGAGCGACAACGUCGUUUAGAAUGGGAGAGAAUUCGUCGACAAGAGCUUCUCAAUCAAAGGAAUAGAGAACAGGAAGAAAUUGUCAGGUUAAACUCCAAAAAGAAGAGUCUUCAUCUUGAGUUGGAAGCACUGAACGGCAAACAUCAACAGAUCUCAGGCCGACUUCAAGAUGUCCGACUCAGAAAGCAAACACAGAAAACUGAGCUGGAAGUUCUAGAUAAGCAGUGUGACCUGGAAAUUAUGGAAAUCAAGCAACUCCAACAAGAACUUCAGGAAUACCAAAAUAAGCUUAUCUGUUUGGUACCUGAGAAGCAAUUAUUAAAUGAAAGAAUUAAAAACAUGCAGCUUGAUAACACUCCUGAUUCAGGGAUCAGUUUACUUCAUAAAAAAUCAUUAGAAAAGGAAGAAUUAUGCCAAAGACUUAAAGAACAAUUAGAUGCUCUUGAAAAAGAAACUGCAUCUAAACUAUCAGAAAUGGACUCAUUUAACAAUCAACUAAAGGAACUGAGAGAAAGCUACAAUACACAGCAGUUAGCCCUUGAACAACUUCAUAAGAUCAAAUGUGACAAAUUAAAGGAAAUGGAAAGAAAAAGAUCAGAGAUGAUACAGAAAAAAAAACUAGACGAUGAUGCUGCAAGGAAAGCAAAGCAAGGAAAAGAAAACUUAUGGAGAGAAAGUCUUAGAAAAGAGGAAGAAGAAAAACAAAAGCAACUCCAGGAAAAAAAAAUACAAGAGAAAAUUCAAGAAGAGGAACAGAAAGCUGUGGAGAAACAGUGUAAGGAUAAAGGUGGAACAGCUAGUGCUUUGGUGAAUUAUAGAGCGUUAUACCCAUUUGAAGCAAGGAGCCAUGAUGAGAUGAGUUUUAACUCUGGAGAUAUUAUACAGGUUGAUGAAAAAACCAUAGGAGAGCCUGGUUGGCUCUAUGGUAGUUCUAAAGGAAAUUUUGGCUGGUUUCCAUGCAACUAUGUAGAAAAGAUGUCAUCAAGUGAAAAAGCUUUGUCUCCUAAGAAGGCCUUACUUCCUCCUGCAGUGUCUUUACCUGCUACCUCAACUUCCUCUGAACCACUUUCUUCAAAUCAACCAGCAUCAGUGACUGAUUAUCAAAAUGUAUCUUUUUCAAACCUAACUGUUAAUACAUCAUGGCAGAAAAAAUCAGCUUUUACUCGCACUGUGUCGCCUGCGUCUGUUUCACCUAUUCACGGACAAGGACAGGUUGUAGAAAACUUAAAAGCACAGGCCCUUUGCUCCUGGACUGCAAAGAAGGAUAACCACUUGAACUUCUCAAAACAUGAUAUCAUUACUGUCUUGGAGCAGCAAGAAAAUUGGUGGUUCGGGGAGGUACAUGGAGGAAGAGGAUGGUUUCCAAAAUCUUACGUCAAGAUCAUCCCUGGGAGUGAAGUCAAGAGAGAAGAACCUGAAGCUGUGUAUGCAUCUGUAAAUAAGAAACCUACCUCUGCAGCCUAUACAGUUGGAGACGAGUAUAUUGCACUUUAUUCAUAUUCAAGUGUAGAACCUGGAGAUUUGACUUUCACCGAAGGUGAAGAAAUAUUGGUGACCCAGAAAGAUGGAGAAUGGUGGGCAGGAAGUAUUGGAGCCAGAACUGGAAUUUUUCCAUCAAAUUACGUCAAACCAAAAGAUCAAGAGAGUUUUGGGAGUGCUAGCAAAUCUGGAACAUCAAACAAAAAACCUGAGAUUGCUCAAGUAACUUCAGCAUAUAUGGCUUCUGGUUCUGAACAGCUUAGCCUUGCACCAGGCCAGUUAAUAUUAAUUCUAAAGAAAAAUGCAAGUGGAUGGUGGCAGGGGGAGUUACAGGCCAGAGGAAAAAAGCGACAGAAAGGAUGGUUUCCUGCCAGCCAUGUUAAACUUUUGGGUCCAAGUAGUGAAAGAACUACACCUGCAUUUCAUCCUGUGUGUCAAGUGAUCGCUAUGUAUGACUAUGUGGCAAAUAAUGAAGAUGAGCUAAAUUUCUCCAAGGGACAACUUAUUAAUGUUUUGAACAAAGAUGAUCCUGACUGGUGGCAAGGAGAAAUCAAUGGGGUGACCGGCCUCUUUCCUUCAAACUAUGUUAAGAUGACAACAGACUCAGAUCCAAGUCAACAGUGACCCAUGUUGUCUUCCAGUGUGAAAGCACCCCAGAGACCCACUAUCCAAGUUUGACUCUAGCGAGGAGGCAGGGCAGGCAGCCCUGAUCCAAUGUCUCCUACACAAUUCAUUUACUUCGGUCGGAUGUUAGAGCCACUUGUGAUUAUUUCUUUGUGUUUCUAGUUUACAGUUAAAAUUUACUUGUAACAAGUUAAAGGAUAGUGGGUCUUUGUGUGGCUUUCCCUGCUGUUCACUCUGGCACCCUUUAGCAUUUUUCUCCUUUUUAUUUGGUAAUUGUAGGUCAUUAGCAUGCAUAUUGAGUUUGCCCUUACAUGGUGGGAGUUCAAACACACAAAGACCCACUAUUUGCACAAGCUAUUCUUGCUGAUUUGGAAUGGGCUGCCGUGCUUUUCUAACGUUAUUGCAACAUGUAUUCAUUACAGAAUUCAGAUAAAAUUUGCUCAUACUUUGCUAUUAUGUUUGGUCUAAUCCUAAUCACAGUGAGCUCUUAAUGGCUCUAUAUGCGAUUUACCCCAAAUGCGCACUGUUUAUUACUUUCUGAUAAGCCACUGUGAGUAACAAUAUUUAGAUUUGUUUAAAGGGCAAGAACUGGAAAUAACCUUUUCUCUAUUUUCUGUGUUUGGGGGGUCAAGAGCACCAACAUCUUUUGGGAGCUUUUCUUAUCUCACAGAAGAGGAAAGUGAGCUGCUCUGGCGGGUAUGUGUCAGAGUGGGCUGUUCAGUCUAUUUGGACUGUCCGAGAAUCUGCACUGUGCUGUGCUAGCUCCCUUAGGAUCUCUGAGUGCUCUGGACUAAUGAAGAUACUGCACUAUGUGCAGCAGCAGUCAGAUGCUAAUUCUUUAUUGAUGACCAAAAACUGGGUGUUACUUUGAGGAAUGAAAGGCUCCCGCAGUUGGUGGUGAGAUGCGAAAGCUUCCUUAGCUUAGAUGGAGCAUUUAUAUCUAUAAUACAUUUUAAAGUCAGAAUUCAUGUUACCUAUUGUAUAUUUUCAUCAGGUGACUAUAUGUCCCAGGUAACAAAGGACACUGCUUGACAGUUCUUCUUAAUGUAUUUAGUAGAGAUCAUAAGGAAUCCCUGGAGAGUUUUAAGUGACUCUGAAGCAGGCAUACAGACUAUAGUCACGAAUGAAUUGCAGUCAAGGAAAACGCUGUGAAAGCGGGCAUUCUGCUCUGUCCAUGAAGACUCUUUAGGCUGGAAGAUUGAUUUUACCGUCCAGAGUUCUCUGGCUAAUAUCUAUUCUUCAACUACAUUGGCUACUUUGACAUAGGAUUUUACUUCUUUUCCUUGAAUGGAAAACACAUUAAAGAUAUAAUACACAUUAUUAUAAAUUAAUAAAUAUGCGUGUACUUAGCUGAAACAAAAAGGAGUUUUAGUAUACAGUAUUAAACUCUAUUUGAAAAUCAAUAAGAGAAGUUUAUGCAAUUUAAAAUGUUUACAAACUGCAGUGCAACCUACUGUUUAUGAAUGUCAAAGUAUUAUCAGGAAAAGUGUACAAUCACAGAGUCUUAUUUCCUCACAGAGUUCUUUAAGAAGAGUGAAAUAUGUUUUUAUGCCUCCAAGUUUAAGUUGGAGGCAUAUUUUGUGCAAUAUUUAUGUUAAUGUGCCUAUACAUUAUGAAUGGAUUGUUAUUUCAGCCAUACUUUGCCUAAAUCAAAACUUUGUAACACUUGAGAAUCAUCAGUUUAGUUAAAACAUCACAAAGUUCAAAUGUCUGUGUUCCAAAACACUUAACAUUAUUGGGAUGUAGGCGUGCUCCCUGGGGUGGAAAUUUCUAGUCAUUAGACCACCUCGAUUUUUAACACUUGGCAUUGUUAUGAUAAUUUUAUAAAAUGUGACAUUAAUAGGAAAGCAAUAAUAUCAUUUUACAGGUGGAAUAACAGAUUUGCCUGCAGUCACUAAAGGAGACAGUGCUAAAUUGGGUCCUUGUGAAUUCAACUGACUCUUCCAAAUUGUGCGAUUACCCAGUCUUGCCUUGUAUUUUCUGAACUUUCUGCUUUUGCACCCUUUAGUUGAGUUCAGAUUAACGGCCAGUUACUUUAAAUCCAUUUUAAACCCUGAGAUUAGAAGUCAGACCACUGUUAAUUAGCCACAUGCUUUGAUAUAACCUUUUUUCUUUUAGUUUUGAAUAUGGAUUUAUCUAAUGCACUGAUUACUUCAAAGGUACUUUUAUAGCUGAAACUGUUUCACUUUUACACUGAUAAAUAUAGAUUACUAGGAAUGACAUUCGGGCAGAGUUUAGCAUCUGUAAUCAAUUUGGACAUACUAUGUUCAUCAGGUAUCUAUGGAUUAAAUCACAUACUGAAUGUGAGUCUGGAAAAUAAAUUUAUUGUAUGUACUGAAAUACCUACCACUCUUUACACAGGUGUUAUAUAUUUGAGAGAAAGCUAAAAAUAAAGGAAAUUGUAUGACAAAAUAAUAACUUAAGUCCUUCUUAAAAGUGCAUGCAACUGUUUGCAAUACCUCAUAUUUAAGCCACAUAUUUGUUCUUUUCUCAUUCAGUGUGAAAGACAGCUUUGAGUUUGCUUAGGCCGCAACAUUAGAAGGAAUGAGUAUAUUAGGAACAUAGAAUUUUAAAAUGGGAGCACAGCUGAUUAAAUCUGAACCCUGUAAGAGGUAAAGAACCCAAAAUACCUAUUUAAAAAUUGCAGUUGUGUAUAGUUCUUUUUAAAGUACAUGAUUAAACCUGAUGGAUUUUUCCAGCAAUGAAAAAAAUUAGUUCUAAAACCAAAGCUGAUUUUUAGAAAAAUCUGAAAUUUUAAAUCAACCCUAUCUGUUGUAUAGUUUCUCUAAAGCUUUAUCUUAAACAGUCAUUUUAAAAUAAUACAACUAUUUAAAAAAAAGUAAGUGCUAUUUUAAUGUUUUAAAAUACAGUAUGAAGACUGGUAGUUUAAAAUAAAGAAACUGGGAGGAGGAAAAUUAGAGAAAGAUGCCAAUUCCAGUCUAAAGCUUUAGUUGCCAAGUUUUCUUAGAAUGAAUUUUACCAGGUUACAAAUUCUUGUAAAUAGAAUCUGUAAUGGAAAUGCUUACUCUUGACUAAAGUGGCAUUAUUGGAUGCUGCUGUGAUGCUACUGUAAUGUAAUAAAUUAUUAAAUUGUUGCAAAGUGCUGUUUUUUGCCUUAAAAUUUUAUUUUGUGUGUCUUGAAAACUAGCUCUAAAAGUAUUGAGAUUGUGCAAAUGCUGGGCACGCUUGGCAUGAGGUAAUUUGUUUUUAUUUUUACAAAAUUGUAAUAUAACUAUGCAAGUGUGUUUAUUAAAAGGACACAAAACUACAUUAUUUGUAUUGUGUAUUUCUUUUGAAGCAUCCUUUAAAACAUUUUUAAUUGUGUAUAUGUAGUUGAGGACCCCUGGUGGCACAGUGGUUAAGCGUUCAGCUGCUAACUGAAAGAUUGG